AUGUCAAGUGUCAGCGCCAAAGAGGCUCAGGCCUACCUCAUUGACCCUCUCAAUGCCCCGGAGCCUUCUCAGGAAACUGGCCCGGGAACGCACUUCUAUCCUCCCGGAGCCACCAUGAGUGCCUCUCCUACAGCAGCAUCGCCUACUAUGUCUUCUCCCUCAUCAUCCAAGAAUCCUUUCCGCGACUCGAUGGGUGGAAAGGGUCCCCAGACACAUGUCCGUCAUUCCAGCAGAAGCUCGACCGGCAGCAAUUCCAAGUUUCCGGAUUACCACGAGGGCCCUUCUUCUCCCCACCGUCGCAACUUCAGUGGUGACCAUCGUUUUAUCGACGAGCCCUUGGGCAACCGCCCACGUAGAACCAGCUCGCUCAGUCAACGCUACCCUGGCGACACAUCUAACCAGCCUCUGAAUAUGCUUAGAAAGGAUAGCAAGAAGGCUUACCGCGCUCCUCACCUCAACAAGCGUCACAUCCCUGGUGCUGACACCAUCGACCGUCUUGACCCAACACCCAGCAAGAUUCCCUACCACCACGAAGGUCCUUAUGAUGCUGCUCUCCUAGCCCGUAACACCAGCUUCAACAGCAGCCCCAUCGCCGCCUUGGAGGACUCUAACAGAGAAGCACUGAAGGCCACCNCCGCCGAGAAGAUUAAGGAUUCUCUCGAAAAGCACAAGCCUCUUGACGGCGUUGCUGUCGUUCCCCCCAGUCAACGUGACCAGCUUGGUCGUGUCUACAACUACGAGGAGGGAACUGAUAUGAUGCGUGAGGGCAACCCUGAGGGUGGUGCUUACAAGCGUUGGCCUGGAGAAGGCAAGGGCGAACCUGCAUUCUCUCUCGAUCGUGCGCUCAAGGCUCACACCAUUCACGAGCGUGACUUUGAUGGCGAGCGCGGCAUUGAGAUGUCAGACCGUCCGCUCAUGAGCGACUACGACAAGCUCAAGGACAGCAAGAAGCUUGACGACCGUGACCCCGUCGAGAUUGCUGGUGGAGAAUCUCGAUACGCAAACCUUACAAUGGCAGCCGACACUGAUGCUCACACCAUGAACCGAACAAGCAGCUUGCGCAAGGCAGGCGAAGGUCUCAAGAAGAGACUGAGCUUGAGAAAGAGACACCAGGAUGAUUAA